AAGGCGGACUAACAUGCUUCGGACUCGACUAUAAUCUCUCCGAUGCUCUUCACUUAUAAUCUCGCUUUAGGGAUAUCGUGCAUUGUCGCCCUGGUUGUCGUUUUGAGUCUGACUCGCAGACGUGUUUACCCUUUACCUCUGCCGCCUGGCCCUCGUCCGUUACCAUUCCUGGGUAACGUGCUGCAAUUGGAUACUAAACGACCUUGGCUCACAUAUACUGCAUGGGGGAAGACAUAUGGAAAAAUAAUUCACUCCCGCGUACUUGGGAUCGAUUUGAUCGUCAUAAACUCUGAAACCAUAGCGCGGGAGUUGCUGGACAAGCGUUCUGCAAAUUACUCUUCUCGCCCCGCUACUCCCACAAACGAACUAUCUGGACUGGAUUUCAAUACCGCAUUUCUUCCGUAUGGGGAGACCUUACGACAACAUCGCAAGAUCUUCCAUCAAGUCCUCAGGGCCGAAGUUUCGCUCUCAUACCGCGAGCUGUACUCUCGCCACGCAAAUGAACUAGUCAUCAAUCUCUUAGGUGCCACUAGUGACUCACUACAACAACACAUUCAAGCAUACACGGCAUCUUUAAUCAUGGCCGUGACAUACGGACACCUUGCUCGUGGACAUGAAUUUUUUACCCGCGUGGAAGAAAUCAAUGAUAUUGGAACACAAAUUCUUUCUCCCGAGAAGGUUGCCAUGUUCACAACCUUUCCUUUCCUUGCGAAGUUACCAUUUUGGUGCUUCGGUGGAGCGUUUUCGCAGAUGGGACGCUGUAGAGAAUUAUGUCAACAACUUUUGAACGAGCCCUUUAACGAAGUGAAGGCACAGAUGGCAAAUGGUACUGCCUCACACUCGUUAGUCGUUGACUUUCUCAGCCAAGCUCACGAUGGCGCCGACGAAGACACGAUGAAGUCUGUUGCGUUGAUGGGAUCCAUAGGUGGUAUAGACACCACUGGAUCCGCAUUGCAGACAUUUUGUUUGGCGAUGGUGCUUUAUCCUGACGUCCAAGCACGGGCUCGUGCUGAAAUUGAUCAAGCUGUGGGGCAUGAUAAAAUGCCGUGCCUUGAUGACAGGGCGUCAUUACCCUACCUCGAUGCCGUUCUACGCGAGGUCCUAAGAUGGUAUCCUAUCGGCCCCCUUGGAGUUCCACACGCGACAUCAAAUGAUGAUGUUUACGACGGGCACUUUAUACCCAAAGGUGCGAUAGUAAUGGUUAAUCAGUGGGCACUGUCUCGGGAUGAAGACGUAUUUCCCGAUGCAUCACGCUUCGAUCCUAGUCGCCAUCUAACAGUUGACGGGAAGCUGAAAGACUCUUUCGCGAAUAUUUCAACUUGCUACCAUUUUCAAUCAUUUACCGACCCUUGCAGGCGUAUUUGUCCUGGUCGUUGGUUCGCAGAGAACAGUAUGUGGACUGCAGUUGCUGCCAUACUCGCCGUCUUGCGCAUUGAUCAUGCUAAAGACUCAAACGGAGACAAGAUUGAGGUGAAGCCAGAGUUCACCACCGGCUUGGCGAUUCAUCCUGAGCCAUUUCACUGCUCGUUUGAAUGCGUGAACGCAGCAAGAGAAGGAUACAUCCGAGCGACGAUGAAUUCGAAGUAGACUCGAGGCGGCCUGUCAUAUAAUGGCACAUGAUAUCGCGUCGUCUUCGUGGCCAUCCUGUACAUAACUUGUAAUAACGACUGUGUUUAACAAACGGAGAACAGGGAAAUUGUGAAAGAUACCUCUAAAUUCUAGUAAGAGAUCGUCGAGUCUCCCGGCACUGCUACUUGCAUAACUCACCAGGUCCUUCCCUUCAAUACUCGUCUGAUUCUUCCGGGUUCACACCUAGUCCUUCUAACGAGCUCAACACACCCCAUCGUGAGCGUCCUGUUUCAAAGUUCGGCAAAGUUGCUACAGACAGAAGAUAGUAAACGUGGGUACUCGUGGGUACCCAAGUUUUGCAGGUCUUCGUACCCGUACCACCCGGGUCACCCCCGAUUUACC